AUGUCCUUAUUGGAAACUACAUAUCAACAACAUCCUAAACACUUGUUCUUACUCUGUGGUGAUUACAACUUGCCUGAUAUUUCCUGGUCUAAUGAUUCACAUGGCCUUACUUAUACUUCUUCUUCCCCUCUUCGUGUGCCUUGUGUUCCUGAACUACUUGCCUUCAAUGGGUUCUACCAAAAAAAUUCUGUUUUAAACUCUAAAGGUUCCAUUCUUGAUCUAAUUUGUUGUAACACCGAUUCCGUUAUCGUUUGUGAAUCUCUUGAACCGUUUGUUCCACCUGAUCCUUAUCACCCACCUCUUAAUAUUUCAUUUCAUAAUAUCUCUACCUCUACUACGUUAAAUAACUCGCAUUCCUUUCACAACUUCAAAAAGGCGGAUUACAAUUGUAUUAUACAUUUUCUGUCUUCAUACGAUUGGGUCUCUACUCUAUCCAACCUUGAUUUAAAUACUUCGGUUAAUACCUUCACUGAUUCUCUUCACAGUUCAAUUUUGAGGUUAGUCCCUCUGUCCCACUUUUAUAAAUCAACUUUUCCUUCCUGGGUAUCCAAAGAUCUAAAAACCUUAGUUUAUCGUAAAAAUAAAGCUCAUGCUAAAUUUAAAUCUACAUUUGAACCUGCUGAUUAUAGAGUCUUUUCUCUACUCCGUGCAAAAUGUAAAUUUAUGUCUAAAAAAUGUCACAAAACGUUUGUUGAGCAGUCAGAAAAAUCUUUAUCCAUGAAUCCCAAGAAAUUCUGGGAUUUUGUACGUAGGAAUCGUUCUCACAACGCUGUUCCAAACAUAGUUUCCUACGACGGUGUCGAUAGUUCUUGUAUACAGGAAAGUGUAAAUUUAUUUUCUAAACAUUUUAGUUCUGUCUACUCUUCAAAAUCAAUUAUUCCAAACCUCCAGUCUUUAGAUUUACCAUUUUUCGACUUACCAAACAACUGUUACUUCACCCCUAAUGAUGUUCUCCUCAAGCUUAACAGUCUGAAAAAUGUGUUUUCUUUAAGACCCGAUGGAAUACCGGGGGAUUUCCUCUACAGAAUAAGAUAUGUUAUUUUCUAUCCUCUUUGGUCUCUAUUUCGAAGAUCCCUUGAUGAAAGUACAUUUCCUGACAUGUGGAAAAUCGGCUCUAUUACUCCCAUUUUAAAAUCAGGCAACCCAUCACUAGUCACAAAUUAUAGACCAAUUUCAAUUCAGUUCAAUUUUAACCGCCGUCGUGUAAGCAUGUGUUUUUCGUUGUAG